ACAUUUUUAAUUGAGAAAAAAAUUUUCAAAAUAUAUUUUCACAUUCGUUAUGUUAUUUUUAUUGUUAGGAAAUAUUUUUAAUAUUUUUUUGUCAACUAAAAAUGCGUAUUAGAUAAAACUUAGUAUAAAUCAAAAUGUCUUAUAUUGAGAACUGAAUGGAGUAUUUAGUAGCUGGCAUUUGCUACGUGAUUUUGUUACUUCUUUUGUCUUGGGCCCUUUGGCUAACAUUGGUGCUGCUAACGUGAUUUCCAGCUUCGUCGAAGUGCACCUCGUGCACCGAUUGACUUGUAUCCUAUCUUAAGGUUUCUUAGGAAAACACACCAGUUACGCUUCUUCAGGUUUGGGUACCCUGCAUGUGUGAUUCUUCAGGUUUCUCUAACGCAACGAAUGGGAUUACUCAAUUGUUCUGUGAAUUCACAUUAAAUGACUUGGAUAUGAAGUAUCAACUUCAUGGCUUGGAUUAUGAACGUGAAACUUAUGCUGUGAGAAAUGGUAAAAGUUGGGUGGGAAGAGCAUAUUCACUCAACAAGGUUUGCUUUUCCAAAGAUACAACUCAAUUCAGCAUUUCAGACUACCCUUUGCUUCCUUUGGUUCGUUCAGGUGGUGUUUCAGGUUGUUUUGCAAUUCCUCUGCAAUUAAUCCAUCACAAGCUCCAUCCUUUCAUAUUAGAACUCUUUCUCAUUCCUAAACAACAAUGUGAUGGAGAUGUAGGGGCUCUCUUGAAGUCGAUAUUAUCAACAUUGGCUCAAGAACUCUCAAAGUGUAAUGUUGAUUUUGGAUUAAGACAGACGGAAGAAUUCAGCGUCGAAUGUUCUCAUUCGGACGAUGAUAAAAUGGUUCACUUUGAUGUAUGCCGAUGUAGAAUUGUUACUGAUGAUUCCAAUGUACUACAAGACGACAUUGGUAAAACAACUUGGGAAGCUUUCCCAAAUGGUGCACAACUAACUGUUUCUGACACAAUGAUAAAUGAAUUACUUCAAGUCCAAUAUAGCAAUCAAGCCUUAUCCUUAUCCUCUGGUUGUGAAAGGGAAGUACAGCAGAUUCCAUCAUCAUCAUAUCAGCAGCCGCCAGUUGUGGAAAUUUUCGAUCAUAUUACUACAAGGCAAGACGUCGGUGAGACUUCCAGAAAUGGUGAGGUUGAAAUCACUUUGAAUACCAUUAGACAACAUUUUGGCAAAAAUCUCAAGGAUGCGGCUGAAGAACUCGGAGUUAGUCCAUCUACUCUGAAACGCAAAUGUCGAGAAUAUGAUAUAAAAAGGUGGCCAUCACACAAGAGGAACAAAGUCCAAACCCUUCAGCCGGCCGCUAGAGGACUCCCAACUACUAAAUCAACUGUCACACAUUGUCCAAACAAUAUUAGUACUAGAGCAGAGAAAGAUGCUAACACCAUGAUUGUGAAGGCAACGUACAAAGAUGAUAUUGUGAUGUUUCCUUUGAGCAACACCUCGGGGAUUAAGGAAUUGCGGAAAGAACUGAAUGAAAGGUUCCCACUGGAAGCUCAGAAGUUCAAAAUCAAAUACCAACAUGAAGGCGAUUGGAUCCUGAUAGCCUGUGAGAAAGAUUUACGCUUUCGCGUCAAUACUUUAAAAUCAUCAGGACAAUCUACAGUGAGUCUGUCAAUUUUUCAAGUGAGUAAUUAACUUCUGAUCUUUCAACUUCUCCAACCAAAUUGGCGGCCUACUGGAACAUUAAUCUCUAUUUCAUCAUAAAUAUGUUGAAAUUCUCUUUCUAAUUUCCCUUCAUACCAUAUUAAUUUAUCAUUUGUACUUCAUUUCUUCAGAUUUGGGCUUUUUUAUACUUCUAUAAAUUAAUAGUGUUGGAAUCACCAAAAUUUAUUAAUUUGGCGAAUUAUUAAAUAAUUGAUAAAUUAAUAAAUUAUUAAUUUAAAGAAUUUUUAUGAGAAAAAAGAGAAUCAUCACUAAAUUACUUAAUUUG